AUGAUAAAAGGUGUUGAGUGCACAGUAAUUAUUGUCGGUGCAGCAACGAUUGGUGCUUGUACUGGUGCAGGUUUUGGUGCACUCAGUGCUACCUGUGUAAUGCCGUGGUUUGGGACCAUUGCUGGUAUCACUGGUGGUGCUCUUAUUGGUGGGAUGAUGGGAUUUGCUGCUGGAGUUUUUGGUGCUGUUGUUCAUGCUAGAGACAAAUCAUGUUAA